UGUACUCUCAUUAAGAACAAAAAUUUUUUAUUGUCUAGCACAUGAGCACUCCAGAAGAAGCUGAGGAAGCUAUUAAAGGUCUGAAUAAUUUCAACUUUAUGGGAUCAUGUAUAAGUGUUGAGCAAUCCACAAGUAAGUUGCAUCCAGAACCAGGUGCACCAGGUAGAGCUAAAGGUGGACCAGGAGGUCCAAUGAGACGAGGGGGUAUGCGAAAUGGAUAUCCUAGAGAUGGAUUCUAUGGAGAUGCUUAUUUUGGGCCAUUUGGACCACCAAGAGAUCCUUUUUAUGACGGACCUAGUCGUUCUCGGCCCUAUCCACUUCCUUAUGAAAGAAGACCACCAAUGCCGCAACCAGAUCCUUAUGGACGUCGUCCACUACCACCACCACCACCAAGAGAUGAUUUAUAUGGAAGACGUCCAAUGCCAUUUGGAGAAGAAGCAUAUGAAAGAAGACCAAUGCAGGAUAGACCGGACUAUUUAUACACAAGACGUUCUCCACCUGCCUCUCAUCGGUAAAUUUAAUCUUUAUAGUUUUUACUAGGGUUUCUCAUUUCCUGGUCUUUUUCUUGUCUUAGGAUUUCAAGAGAA